AUGGAACUUGGCAACAUAGAAUAUAAGGUGAAACUUGUAAACCCGUCGUCGUCACGUCUACAGCAUUUAAUAACGCAGAUGAAAUGGCGACUAAGAGAGGGGCAAGGCGAGGCAAUUUAUGAGGUUGGCGUUGAGGAUGGCGGUAAAAUGAGCGGGCUAUCAGAUGUAGAAAUGGAAGCGUCGCUAAUUACUUUGAAAGCUAUGGCAAAUGCUCUUGAUGCUAGCAUGGUU